AUGGAGCCUAUAAAGAACGCUGCCAACUACGUCGGUGACAAGGUCAAUGAGGCUACCUCCGGUGCUUCCAAGGACGCCAACAAGAACGUUGCCAAAGACUCCGACGCGCCCUUGGGAACCCGUGCCGAUGCCGCAAAGGAUGCUGUUGGUGACAAGCUCGAUGAGUCCAAGCACUCUGUAUGUCUGGCUCCUUUUGAGACUCGACUACAACAACUGACGUAA